UAUCUUGAAUGUUGUGUACUGCAUCGAUGUUUUGUGAUUAAUUUGUGACUCAUCUUGCAAUUUCAAGGCAAUUAAGAUAGUUUAGAGAUAUUCUUUUUCAAAUUUAGAGCUAGAAAAUAGUACAUCGAAGUAUUCAAAUAGGCUAAAGCCUGUGUUUUUUUUAUACAGUUUUAUAUAAAAUCGUCAAGCUGGGGAACGAAAUGUCAUCGUCUGCGAUGGAGAAGCAUUUAUUUAAUUUAAAAUUUGCUGUAAAAGAGUUAGAGCGGAACUCGAAGAAAUGUGAAAAGGAUGAAAAAUUGGAGAAGGAUAAAGCCAAGAAGGCCAUACAGAAGGGAAACAUGGAGGUUGCGAGGAUACAUGCGGAGAACGCGAUAAGGCAGAAGAAUCAAGCUAUUAACUAUUUACGAAUGUCAGCUAGAGUGGACGCAGUGUCUAGUAGAGUACAGACAGCCCUCACAACUAGAAAGGUCACAAAUUCCAUGGCAGGGGUAGUAAAAGCAAUGGACGCGGCAAUGAAAUCCAUGAACUUGGAAAAGAUAUCUACUCUGAUGGAUAAGUUUGAGAGUCAGUUUGAGGACCUGGACGUGCAGUCAUCGUAUAUGGAGAAUGCCAUGUCUCAGACAACCACCACGUCUGUGCCGCAGGGAGACGUGGAUAAUCUGUUGCAGCAAGUUGCUGAUGAGGCUGGUCUGGAGCUAAACAUGGAGCUCCCAUCCGGAGUGCCGAGCACUUCGGUGGGAGCCACCACCGUGGUGUCGCAGGAGCAGGACGAGCUCACGCAGAGGCUCGCCAAGCUGCGACAGGCGGAAUAACAUUGUACAGAGAUUUACCUCAUAGUUCUAUCACUGCUUAAGAUACAAUGAUCUUAAAACAAGAAGUCCAAUCUGAGGCUGAAAUCUAUAAAGCGCACUUUGACUUUGCUCUGACUUAAGAUUGAGUUAAAACGAGACAGAUUUAUGUGAGAGAUAUAGCUCUGUCUCGUUUUAACUCUGUCUUAAGUCUAAGCAAAGGCAGAAGCCGCUCUAUAGAUCUCACCCUGAAGUUACAACAUGGCAGAUAUAAACUAAGGAUUAAAUAUGGAAGCUUUGCUGAUAUCUGUUUUUGUACGAUGCACAGUUGACCAGUUUUUUAAUGAUAAAACCAAGUAAAUUUUUAAAAAACCA